AUGGUCGAAAAGUACAACUGUGCAGAAGUGAAAUGGAUUCAGGACUUGUAUGUCAUUAAAGACUUGUGGUGUCCUGCUUAUUCCAAAGAUUAUUUUAGUGGCGGUAUUUUAUCUUCGCAAUGGAGUGAGACCACAAAUAAGUCUAUUUCAAGGAGACUACAUAGUACUCAUGGACUUUGUGACUUCUACAAGUGUUUCAUUGAGGUUGUUGACGAGUGGAGGAGUAAUGAGAACAGUGAUGAUUAUGAUACCAUUUCCGGAAACCGUCAUCUAGUGUGGGCAGAUAUUGGUAUAUUGGAACAUGCAAGGGUAAUUUAUACCACAGCGAUGUAUCUACAAUUUGAGGAUAAUUUUGUAAAUGGUGUACCAUGUGUUGCCAAAGUUGUUAAUAUGCAUCCUCCACUAUAUGACUAUCAUGUGAAGCAUCCAAAGAAAGAUUUCCUCAUGCACACCGUGACCUAUGACGAGUCAACAUGUUCAAUUCAAUGCACGUGCAAAUACUUUGAUGAGGUUGGUCUUCUUUGCAAACAUUGUCUUCGUGUGCUUCACCUUAAUAAUGUCACAACUAUUCCAAAGAGAUACAUUGUAAAAAGGUGGACAAAGGAUGCUAUGUGCACUAAAGUGGAUGACCAUGUUGUUGAGGAAUCCGGAGUGGUCCCUUCUAGUGUUUGGAGGCUGAAUACAUUAAGGAAUUUCAAUAAAUUAAUCAUCAUGAGUCAAAAUGAUAUGGGUGCAAGAAAUAUUAUGGAAGCCGCCUUCACUGAGUGUCAAAAGAGGGUCGAGCUCUUGGUCGGGAGUUCUGAAAACGCUAAACAAAUCCCGGAAAAUGAUGGCAUUCAAAGUUUAGAUGACAUUUAUGAAGAUGAAAAUUUGCUUGAAACUGAUUGA